AUGGCACGCCGACAAGAUAUACAAUAUAUCCUUACAAACAUAGACAUUGAUGCCGUUCAAAAUCUUCCAUUUAACAACGACGCUCAAAGUGUUGCAGCGUUUGCGAGGAACCGUCGAAUCCAGAGAAUAAUAACUGGACGUUCCUUAAUGGAACGAAACGUCAAGAGAGAAGUCACUCGAAUACUACGAUCGCAAAAUCGGUACUUGACAAGUAUAAUAACGCUAAGGCUUUGGCGAAAUUGCCCAAAUCUUCGUCGUCAGGAGUUUAUCAGAUUGGCACAUGCGGCUAAUAGUAUAAACAGAGCCAUGUUACCUCCUCGUAUGAUGGGAUUUGGUAAUUUAAUGGUUUCAAUAAACAUACCACAAGAAACAAGAACGGAAUUCGAAAGUAACCUAUUCCAUGGAGUGGAAUUUUAA